UCGAGCAGCAGGCAAGGAGCUCAAAGUAAGCAUUCUGCGUCUCAGGCCGAAUCUAACGAAGUAAAAUACUUUUGACAUAAGAUUUGCUUCGGAUCAAGUGACAAAUUCUCUACAGCACUGUUGAAUUGUCACCCUCGAGUCAAUAAUGAAGACUUUUGCUUUUGCAAUCUUUGCAGUGCUGCUAAUUUUGGCGCAAAGAUCAUCUGCCGAGCGAAGGAGUAGUAGCGAAUCAUUUGAAUUUUUUACUAGAAAAAUCGUCUGCCACUUCGACUGCCUUUCCUAUAACCGAGGAAGUUUUACACCAGAAGAUAUUGAUCCUUUCCUUUGCACUCAUAUCAACUACGAAUAUGCAAGAUUAAACGAAGAUACCUACGAGAUCGACUAUUUAGACCAAAGCAUAGAUAUUGACCAAAAUUAUUACGAUAGAAUAAUAUCCCUGAGACAUAAAAACCAGGACUUAAAGAUCCUUCUUUCCAUUGGUGGCUGGGAGGACAGUGCCUCAAGCAAGUACUCAGACUUAGCAGGAGAUAAGGAUAGAAGGUCUCAUUUCACCGAAACAGCCAUUAAGUUCUUGAAAAAGCACAGAUUUGAUGGUCUUAACAUCGCAUGGUUAUACCCUAACUGUUGGCAUGGCAAAUGCGGUUCAAAUUCUGACGAUAAGGACAAUUACGUCCAACUCUUAAAAGAAUUGCGCAAAGCUUUCGAUAAGGAGGAUCUUUUACUAACAGCUAGCGUUUCUGCUGUUGUUGAACAUAUCGAUGCAGGGUACGAUGUGCCUGAGGUAACUAAGCUUGUGGAUUACGUUAAUGUGUUGACGUAUGAUUUACACCGUGGAGAGGAAUCAAAAACUGGACAUCACUCACAGUUCUAUAAUAGUUCAAGUAAUUUGGAUGCUUCACCUAAUUUCGAUUUAGCAGCAAAUCACUGGAUAGAUUUAGGUGCUAGAAGGUCAAAGUUAGUCAUGGGUAUCCCAUCUUAUGGAAGGACAUGGACAUUGGCUGAUAAAAACAGUAAUGGUCUUGAUGCUGAUGCUCGUGGCCCAGGCCUAGCGGGAUCGUUAACUCAACGUGAAGGCUUACUUGGCUAUAACGAAAUAUGUCCAGAUGAUGGCUGGACUGAAUUUUCGAACGGUUUAAUUGGAAUUUAUGCUACCAAAGAUGAUCAGUGGGUGAGUUAUGACACGACCAGAACAGCUAUACUGAAAUCGAGAUAUGUUCGCUAUUAUGGCCUCGGGGGUGUAGCAUACAGGUUCUUCUCUACAGAUGAUUAUGAAGGUAAUUGCUUUGGACACAGAUACCCAAUACUGAAAAGCAUUCAUUAUGGACUGGGAGAUUAUGAUGAAAGAUAUCAAGCAAUCAAUGAAGACGAUGUUCAGGGCAUGUUAUCGACUAUACAAUUACCUGGUCUUUCUGACGACAACGAUGACUUGCUGGACACAGAAGAUGAUUUAGAUGAUCUAACCGGUUUGGAUACCGCUCUAGAUGGAUUUGAUUUGAACACUGAUCUGGACACUGGACUGGAAAAUUUGGAUGCUGAUCUAGAUGGAACUGAUUUUAAUGCUGAUGAAGAUAUGGGAGCCGCUCUAGAAGAAGGUACAGCCAAUUUGAACGCCGGUCUUGCCUGGUGAAAUUUUGGGAGAAUUCUUUAAAAUAUUUCUCAAAAUAUCAUAAAUUCAACUCCCAUAGACAUUGUCUCGAUUAACAAAUGACUUGUUUCCAGCUAACUAAUAUUGUAAAGAAAAAAACACGCGUCAACAUCUGCCAAUGAGCGACGCGAUUUUCAAUAGCAAGUGCAAAUGGUGUAUUGUUAAAUGUUUUCCUACUUCUUAUAACAUUGCUCUUGUUUUCGAAGCAAGUGUUAUCAAUAAAAAAUUUAUAAACUGUU